CGUUACCGUGGCGUUCCUAGUGAUGCAUAGAAUCUCUUGGCUCCUUUGUUGCUCUGAUGAAAAGACAUGUGCGCUUAGUUACAUUUAGGGGCUUACUUGUUUAUUUUCCUUUACGUAGAAGACUUAUUUAUGAUCAGCUAUUCGUCCUUCGCAAAUUUUGAACAUGGAGAAUUUCAUUCUUUAUGAUGCUUUAGAGAAAAGUGAUCACACUGUUGUGUACAAAGGGAGAAAGAAGGGCACAAUUAAGUUUGUUGCUAUACAUCGAAUUGAAAAGUGUAAGAGAUGUGAAUUAACAAACACUGUUCGGAUGAUUCAUGACUUAAACCCCAAUAUUGUCAAAUUUGAUGAAUGGUAUGAAACUAGCAACCACUUGUGGUUAGUUAUCGAAUUAUGCACAGGUGGCAGUUUAGAGAAGCUCAUUACUCAAGAUGGUCAUCUCCCUGAAGACUCCAUUCGAAAAUUUGGUGUUGACCUUGUCAGUGGCCUUCAUUUUCUUCAUUCCCUUAACAUAAUCUUCUGUGAUCUACGUCCUUCAAAGGUUUUAUUUGAUUGUUAUGGCAAACUGAAAUAUGCUGACUUUGGUCUGUCUAAAGCUGAAGAAGAGAACCUUGAAGAAGUUUUUCAAAAGUUUCUUGAAAUGAAUGACAUUAACCCUAGAGAUGAUGAAGAACUUAUCAAGAAACAACCGACAAAAGGUUCACCAAAUUACAUGGCACCAGAGGUACUGAAAGGUGGAGAUAUGACUGUGACAUCUGAUCUUUGGUCAUUAGGCUGUGUUCUUUAUGAAAUGUAUACAGGUCACCAACCUUUUCAAGCAGAAACAUUCCAGGAGCUUGUUGAUAAAAUAGUUAAUGAUGAUUACCCUCCUCCUAAAGUUAUAGGUUCCAAACCAUCCUUAAAACCGUCAUCUGAAUUUCUUGACCUUCUGAAAAGAUUGUUAGAAAAGGAUCCUUAUAAAAGGAUAACUUGGUUCGAUCUGGUACAUCAUCCAUUUUGGGAAGGAGAGCUGGAAAAUUUGUUGAAACAGUUUUUUAACAAUACUUCAAAUAGAACAGAUAUAUCAAGUGAUGAGAAAUUGAACCACAGUGUGUUGUCUUCAGACAGCGAGCACAACCAGAGUACGCAGGACAUUUCUGCUGCCCCAACCUUUGAAGAAGAGCAGACCAUCACUCAAUCAACAUCAGCCUGUGAUAAUGAUGUAUCCAUUGCUGAGGAAAUAAGCAGUUCAAUAACUUCUUCACCUGUAGCAGACUUAAAUACUUUCAAGCCAAAAAUGCAUACAGUUGGAGAAACCAGUUUAGGAGAAGGUCUUUUUACUUUGAGUACUCGAUCAUCCACAAAUAUUCCGUCCAAAAAUCAUUCCAUUUCACUUGUACAGUCUUGUGGUUCUCCAACUUAUCCAAAUGAAGUCUUACAAAAUCCUGAAUCUAACACAGGACUUCUAGAAUUACUUUAUCAUCCAACAGACUUUAAUGUCACACCAAUUGCUGAUAAUCCAAAGAUAACUAAAGUUAUACCCUUGAAAUAUGAAGCAAAGUCUCUACCCAUUACUCCUUAUGGAGUGGAAAAAAUCUUGACUUUAUCUGAAAAAGCUUACCAAAAACACAUAAAUCAAAUUAUAGAUAUAUUUCAAAAUGUAGAAAAAGGACCACCCACUCAGAAACGCCAUAACUUCUUCAACUAUCUUGGAACACUGGUCUCGAAUGUCACUAUUGCCAAUUCCUUGGUUAAUCAUGGGAUGUUGACUCAUUUGGCAAGGCAAGCCAAAGACAGUAAUAAUACUGACCUGAGAUCUAAAUUAAGUCGUGUUGCAGCUCUUCUGGUAAAUUCUACAACAGAAAUUGAUGAUGUUAUAAAUGUUUCAGAGCCCAUCACUAUAUUUACUGAAUUACUCCGCGACAAUCUUAAAAAUGGUAAACUGCGGCACAGCUUACUGCCUGCUGUUGGGGAACUUCUCUUCCUUGUGGCUUGUCAAGAAAGUCAAAGAGGCGAGAGUAUCGAAAACUGGUCUGUUCCUACAAUGACACACACAAUUAUUGCUAAAUGUUGCCGUGAAGAGGGUGAUAUCAUUGUGAACCAUUUGGCUGCUAAAAUAAUUGAGAAUGUGACCACAACUUUUGGUCAUCAUGCUCAGAAAUUUGCUACAAAUGAAAUAGGUCAGUCACUUUGGUAUCUUUACAAACAAACAGCCGUAGAUUCCUUGCAAAUUACAGUUAUACUGGCACUGUGUCGAAUAACCAGACUAUCUGUAAGUGUCUUUCAGAAUGUUCUUGAUUCUGUUGGUGUUGCCAGUGUACUGGACACUUUUUCAUCUGGCAUCACUCGAAUACAUCAGGCAGUAAUUACCAUGUUUGGUGCACUCCUCAGUGCAGGCUAUUGUGUUCCCCGUCUACUUCAAGAUAAGGUAUUUUUGGAGCAUGUUUUUCAUUUACUGGAUAAUCUUUCUGAUGUCAUCCGAGCUAAAGCAUUCUUUGUUAUUUUUCAACUGAUUCAACACAGUCCCAAUAUCUUGUCAACCUGUUGUAAAUCCAGGUUGAUGAUGUACAUUGAAAGAGACAUUCAAGGAACUGUUGCCGAUUCAAAUAUUAUUCCACUUCUUCAAUCUGUGCCUUAUAUUAUAAAGGAAAUCCUGGAUGCACUUGAUCCCAUCAGCAAAAGACAACACAUAUCAAAUGCGAUUUUAAUUAGGCAACUCCGUUUAGCCUUACCUCAAGUUGAUAUCAUUACAAGCUUGAUCUCCAGUAAUUUAUUUAGAAAUCGGAUUGUCAACGAUAAAUUCUGCCGUGAUAUUGGGAAUCUUUUGAUUCAUGUGAAAGAUAUUGAAGUUUACGGAACCAAUAUUGAUGCUGUCAUUGGACCUGGAAGCACCACAGAUUUUGUCACCCAAAUUGUUUCUGUUAUUUAUACUAUGAGCCAGCAUUCAUCUCUUCUACAGCAGCAUUAUGAUGUCAUCACUGGAAUUUGGUUACGGACCCUUGUACAGCUUACAGCAUGCCAAGAUACCCCAACAAGAGAGUCAUGCCUUUGGCUUGUAGCUGAAUUGGCAUCAUUUUACCUUGGACAAGAACAGAACAGUCAUAGAGACGGACAGUUCACUAAGAAGCUACACAGCUUGAUUGAUGACUAUCUUCUCCCCCAAUGUGAGCAGAUCCUACUUGAUCAAGAUCCUCUACCAAGCUAUGCCCUCAAACUAUUUGGUGUUCUAUUGGACCACAGUCCUGGUUUUAUAAAAUAUAUUGAAAAACAUUGUCUAAUUACAGUCAUUUUUCAAGUUUUGAUUGAUCACCAACAUAACCCUGUUAGUAGUGCUGUGAAGACUAUUGUCAAGAUAUUGCGAUGUAUUGUAGGACAUAAGGAGACUAAUAUGUCAGAUUUGUAUGAACAAGGUUUGAUUGGACACUUAAUAGGAUUAAUAUCUGAAUUAAAUCCUACAUGUAUGGAGCCAGGGAACCCUAGUUACAAGGUUUCAGUGGAGAUGUUGCAUGAUCUCUUAGAUACACUUCAUGGCAACUUGAAGUAUAUCUCAGAUGUUGUGAGGAAAGUGAUUCAGGCAAAGAAACAUGGAAGUGAAGACAUCAUUGAUAAUAAUCGUGCUGAACAGUUACUUCUCGUAAACAAAGCUUUUAUAGAUGUCAACCCAUUGCUUAUUCAACUGAUGUGUCAUGCUGACUGUGAAAUCCAGGAAGUUGCCACUAAAUUGCUGUCAUUGACAGCCCAGUUGUUUGGAGGAGAAUGUCAAGAUGCUUUGACUGAUGAAAAUAUGAUGUUCUACUGUAAGGCAUUGAAAAUUGCUGACAGCAAAAGACAGAAAUUGAUUCUACGAAUUAUAAAACGUUUUGUGACAGUCGAAAAACACCAUACCAAUACCUUAAAACGGAAUGGAUUGGAGUUAUUAAAUGUAAUUAAAUCACUCAGUCACACAGCCAGCUCUACAGCAGAUAUUGCAAUUACAUCUCUGGCAAAUGACAUUCUGAAGAUUGGAGGAGUUGCUUGAGUUAAAUAAAGCUUUUGAGUAACACACACACGCACAAACUUUUUAUAUAUAUUUACACACACACACAUAUGUAUGUAUAUACAUACAUUACACACACACACACACACAACAGACAUACACACAAAUGCCUUAUGAAGAAUCUGCUUUACUGUAACAAUUAUUUGAAUUUUUGUGUUCAGUAUUUGUUGACUUAACAUAUCAGUUGCUGAGAUUUUUUUUAAAAAAUGUAUUUAUGUAUGUAUUUAUUCUGUUUUGUAAAAGGAAGAAAUAAAAAAUUUUUCAUGUGUAAA